AUGUCUCCUUCCAUCUUAAUCGUUGGCGCUACUGGCAAUACCGGUCGAGCCGUCACUCAAACCUUGCCAAAGUUGCUCCAAUCAAGCCGCACUUUGUCCGGUCACCGCAUUAUUGUUCUCACUCGCUGCUCCGCCAAUCCAGCGACAAAGGAACUUGCCAAACUUCCUGGAGUUGAAGUAAUAGAAAAAAACUGGGUGGAAUUACCGCCGCGUGGCUCUGCACAAACCAAGUCACUAGAGCUUUCGCUGCAUUCCACAAUGAACCCAACCAGUUGCUGA